AUGGACGCUCUCGUGUAACCAAUGGGCUGAAUGCUCGUGUGUGCGCGUGUGUGCGUGUGUGCGAGUGUGUGUGCGAGUGUGUGUGAGUGUGUGUGAGUGUGUGUGAGUGCACCGGAUGCGAGAUAUCCGCUGUAACAACAAGCGCUCUGUUCCCCCUGCCGCCCUGACGCCAUUUACGCAGCCCAAAUCCCGACCUCCCUCUCCGGAAAGAAGAAAAAAAACACACACACGAGCGCACACACACGAGAAAAGUACUUGCAACUUUUGUGCGCAGCGCGGAUAAACUUGGAAAUCCUUCUACGUGUUCUUUGUCAGCUGCGUUUUCAACUUCUUGGACGCCAAUCUCGUGCGUAAUCGUUGAUGGUAGCUUUGGUUUUCGCCUCGUGCGCUUUCUCCUUCUUCUUCUACUAUUACUUCUUCUCACGCAAAGGAUUAAACGUUGGAGUCUUUGGAUGAAAACGCUGCAGAACUGAUUUGCCAAAUGGAUUCUAACACACGGCUUCCCUGAUUGACUUCCAGGAGUCAAAACGUGGUGACCAAAGUGGAUUAUUUUCACGUGAAAGGGAGGACAACGUGUCGAAAAGUACGGACUUCAGAUGUGUCCCAUGCCAGCCACAGAGGCCCUUCACUCCCAACAUGGAUCCCAGCAGAGUGAGCGAGAGAGAUGGGGGAGGAGGCCCCUCUGCAGGCCCCUCUCCAGGGGAGUCGUCUGUGAGCGAGGCGCGUGACCCAGGGAGAGCACCACCUCUCCCCCCUGACACCCGGGACACCUCAGAGCAGGGCUCCAGCAGCAGACAGCAGCCAGUGCUGUCUCUGGACCAGAUCAGAGUGACACGCAGCAGUAAUGAGUACACCGAUGGACCCACCGCACCCGCGCCCCGGCCAGGGGAGAGUGCAGAGGAGAGGCAUCAUAACCUGCGUAACCUCCAGUCCGCUCACUCCUCCAGCUCAGAGGACCUCCACAGCCCCAGGAGCAGCGGGAGCAGUCCGUCCUCAGGACAGAGGCUGCUGGGACAGUCCGGAGGCUCCGAGAUAAUCCGUGUGCAGCCCAAACGCCCGGAGCAGAGCCCAGAGGAGCUGAAGCCUCUGACAGAGAUCAGGACAGUGCAGGUUGUCCCAGACAGGGGCAACAGCACUCUGCACAAACCCUGGGACAGGUGUGAGGAGUGCGGGCGAUGCCGCUGCUCCGAGUGUGUGCGCCCGCGGGUGCUGCCGUCCUGUUGGUUGUGUGGACGCAGGUGUGUGUGCUCUGUCCAGAGCGUGGUGGAGUAUGGCACAUGUGUGUGCUGUGUCAAAGGCCUGUUCUAUCACUGCUCCAGCGAUGACGAGGACACGUGCGCAGACAAACCAUUCUCGUGCUCUCAGCCUCACUGCUGUGUGCGCUGGAGCGCUGUGUCCCUGCUGGCUCUGCUCUUCCCCUGUCUGCUGUGCUACCUGCCGGCUCGCACCUGUGUCAGCAUCUGUCAGAGCUGCUACGACAGGGCCCGCCGCCCCGGCUGCCGCUGCAAAGACUCUCACCUUGGUGCACAGGACAUGCCCACGUAGACCUUAAAUCUAGAGCUAAGCUAAUAUGUGUGUUCACCUGAACGCCUCACACAGGGCUGACCCUGCUAUGGUGCUUUCACUGACCAGAGCAGCACUGGUGAAAUAAGCGCUCCAUGUUCUACUGUUUUAUCCUGAAACACUUUGUUAACCAAGUGCCACACGUGUGUGUGACGUCCCACACGUUUAAUCUAUAACAGGGGCCUGUUACUAACCGUACAUGCAGAGGCUGUGCACAUUAGUCUGACAGAGGUUUUAUUUUUGUACAUAUAAUUCAUAUAAUACUUCGACUGUGAACCUUACUGCCACACAGAGGCACCUUGAGAAAUCCAUGUCUAUUUGAAUCAAAGUUUAUUCUUACGAUGUUUUACAUUCACUGAAUGUAUCAAUCAUUAUGUAAGUUACAAACAGCCCUUUGACUUGUAAAUUGUACAGCAACCUUUUAUGAAAUUUUAUUUUCUAAUUCCAAGAUUGCUUAGUGUAAAGUAAAAAGUCUAUAUUUAUUUGAAGGUUUAUUAUUUUAUAAUGAAGAUAUUUAUUUUGAGAAAGCCUUGUUUGUGUAGUGGCUGCAGAUGGAGACUUAGAGGACCAAUAUAUUAACGUUUGAAAUUAAACCCUAAAGUCUGA